GGGAGCGGGCGGUCCCGGGCCGCCCCCGGCCGCGCUGACAUCAGCCGUGAAAAGGGCGCGGGCGGCGGCAUCCGCCACUGCCGCACCGGGACCGCGGGAUCGGCGCCGCAGACCCCCCAGCCGUCGGCAUGGCGAACCGGGGACCGUCGUACGGGCUGAGCCGGGAGGUGCAGCAGAAAAUCGACCGGCAGUACGACCCCGAGCUGGAGCAGGUGCUGGUGCGCUGGAUGGUGGGGCAGUGCGGCGGCGACGUCCCGCAGCCCGCACCCGGCCGCGACGGCUUCCAGCAGUGGCUCAAGGACGGCACCGUGCUGUGCCGGCUCAUCAACAGCCUGUACCCGCGGGGCCAGGGGCCGGUGGCCAAGAUCCAGGCGUCCACCAUGGCCUUCAAGCAGAUGGAGCAGAUCUCGCAGUUCCUGCAGGCAGCCGAGCGCUACGGCAUCGCCGCCACCGACAUCUUCCAGACCGUUGACCUGUGGGAAGGGAAGAACAUGGCGUGCGUGCAGAGGACCCUGAUGAACCUGGGCAGCCUGGCGGUGGCCAAGGGCGACGGGCUCUUCGUGGGAGACCCCAACUGGUUCCCCAAGAAAUCCCAGGAGAACCGGCGCGUCUUCUCCGAGGACAAGCUGAAGGAGGGCCAGAACGUCAUCGGGCUGCAGAUGGGCACCAACCGGGGCGCCUCGCAGGCGGGCAUGACGGGCUACGGCAUGCCCCGCCAGAUCCUCUGAGCCCCCCCCGCCCGCCGCAUCCCCGGCCCCCCCCCCCCCAGCCCAGCCACCGCUGCCCCCCAAGGGCCUCCCAGCGCCGGGGGGGGGGUCCCCAACCCGCCUCGCCCCCUCCCCGUGGACCAACCGGCUACUGGGGCCGUGCCCCCCACCCGGGGCCGCGGCUCGCCCGCCUGCCAGUAUUUCCAGGACCAAAGUUUUCGGUUUUUUAUAAUUAUUAUUUUGCUCUGGGGGGGCAGGGGGAGGGCGGCCGCGCUGGCCCCCUGCCUCCCACCGCUGUGCCUUGGGGGCCGUGCUGGGGAGACCCCCCCCCCCCAGCUCACUCCAAUAAAUGGCCCCCCUCUCGUUUCCA